AUGAAUCAUAGACUGCAUCCCAAAGUGCAUACUAUCCAUCCUAAAUUCUAUGUGAUAUUAGUAAUUUUCAAUACUAUUUAGGGCAGAUAGGGUGGAUAGUAUGCACAUUGGGAUGCAGGGAUAGUCUAUUAAAGAAAGAUUGUGAUUACUCAGUUUCAUUAAUGUAAGCGCUUCAUGUAAGCAGAAAAGGGCCAAUGAGUAGGAGAUGCCGUCAUCAGAGAGCGACAUAACAACAAACUGCAGCGCUGGGCAGAAGACUGCACGGUCUGAUCAUGGACAGUGAAGUGCAGAGAGAUGGAAGAGUUCUCGAUCUCACAGACGAUGCCUGGAGAGAAGACAGACUGCCAUAUGAGGAUGUCACAAUCCCACUGAGUGAACUUCCAGAAGCAGAGCAAGACAACGGCGGAUCGACUGAGUCAGUCAAAGAGCAAGAGAUGAAGUGGUCAGAUCUCGCCCUGCAAAGUUUGCAUGAAAACACCCCAAACAUUGGCACUUAGAUGGGAAGAUGCUCCGUUCGCUAUGUGGGUCACUGAUACAAGAUUUAUGAUGCAAAGGACUCAUUUGAGAUUAUGAGCCACUGUGAUUUGCAUUAAAAGCGUUUAAUUGUUUUGAUAUUUAAAAAAAAUACAUGAAAUGUGCUGUA